AUGUCGUUUGUAACUAGAAAGACGCUAGCUGCAGGUCUGAGAUUGCUGUCAGUGUUGUUGUCUGCUUCUAUUGUCAUUGUUGUAUUGAAGAAAAAUCAAGGUAAAUGUUUUUUUACAUUCAUUUUAGACUUACACAGGGAUUAUAUAACACAAAUACACAGAGGCUAUAUAUCGCAUAUAUUUUCAUCUCCAGAACAGGGCCAUACUUCAUGUACUGCGGGUUAUAUGAGUGAAUAAUGUCGCCUCAAUUGUAUCUGAGGAGAAUGCUUCCAGUUUGAAUAUACCAACCAGCUUUUGGUCAUGCAACCUUGUUUCCUUGUCUGAGGGGCAAGACAGGGGGACUGACACGGUGCUCUCCCCCCCCCCCUCCCCCUAACACACACACACAAAUAGACGGAUGGUAUGCGCAGAUUACGUAAGUCUAAAGUCCCUGGUACAUCAAUCUUUCUGUCUACAAACAAUGCAUGGAUGUUCUUUACUGGACCUCCAGGGGGACCAAGAUAACCGACUAACGAUUCAGUAUAAAAAAAAGUUGCUUCACACAAAUUACAAAGCAUGACAAAAGCUUUUUCUUUUCAGAUGAAGAUGCAUUAAAAAGAGAACAAACACUACAAAUUGAUGUCGCUUUCAUAAUUCAUGGUUCCAAAAAUAUCACAAGCCCACCACGAAAGAAAAGUUUCAAAGAGGCCUUAGAUUGGGCGAAAAAAAUCACAAAAGCUUUUGGUGAGGUAGGAGUCAAUAAAACACAAGUUGGGCUGAUAUUGUACGCUGAAAAGGCAAAACUAAUGUUCAAUAUGACGGAAAAACUUACUAAAGGUGAUGUUAUGGGAGGUUUAGACGAGGCGAGUUCACCUCCAGCGCUUGGAAAUAAAACAUUCACAGGAAAGGCUUUGAAGCUGGCUUUAAAAACUUUGGUAAAAGAAACAAGAAAGGAUGCAAUAAAGAAAUUUUUUGUCUUUACUGAUCGCCCACCUGAUGACGAGCCUACGUCCCCGGCUGAGGCGAUCAAGGAAAGUGAAGUGGAAGUGUAUGGUCUAGGUGGAAGCACUCCUCCUAGUACAUGGUUUAUUCAUGAUUUUAGUUUAGACUCCAUGUAUGAAAUGUUGAAAAAAGGACCAUUUAAAGGUGGGUGGCGUAAUUAUAAUAAUUGUUCCGAAGUUCCAACGCACUAUAGCUUGGCAAGAACUAUUUGCAUAACAUCAGCACAGAGCCAAGACACACAGAAGGUCGACUCUGCCAAAAAAGCGCAACCGCUGGUCAUCAAAAUGCUGACGCCAUUGUCCUAGCCAGUGGGCUUAUGAGAGGUAUUCGCCCCUUGGACGUUUGCCAUUUUGAAUAUUAUCAAAAUCAUAGGAAAAACCAAGAAGUCAGUCUUCUGUUUGUCUUUAUUCUGUGACAGCAGUCUAUAGAGCAAGCGGAAUACAGUGUUUUGUUGUCUUUGUUCUCAUGAUUCUCUCCAGUCACACACUGACCCAACUAUAAAAACUUAAUUGUUUUAGGUAACAAAGAAAAUACGAAAGAUAAAAGUUAUCAAGAUAUCACCAACAUCUCCAUUCCAACUCAGAAGCCAGGUCUAACUAUAUAUUAUGAUUCUUUAAAAAAUUCUAAACUAAAACUACCAGCAACAGAGUAUUCGAUGAAUGCUUCGGCUACUGGGAAUAAUUCUCAAUUUUUUUCCCAAAAUGGAAAAUUACAAAAUCCAGUAAAUACCAACUCAAGUACCUUAGUGUCUCAGGAUUUUGUGAGUAGCAAUGGUAGUUUGUCAAAUCUUGGAAGUGCCAUGUCAAAUCCAGGAAAUCACGUACCACAUUCUGGAACUCCAAUGUCAAAUCAUGAAAAUCAAGUAUCAACUCCAGGAAAUUCUGAAAGUACAGUAUUAAAUAUUGGAAAUCAGGAACCAAACCCUGGAAAUCCAGUUCCAAAACCCGAUAUUCCAAUGUCAAAUUCCGUAAAUUCAAUGUCAAAUUCCGUAAAUUCAAUGUCAAAUUCCGUAAAUUCAAUGCCAAAUCCUGGAAAUAUAGUUAAUUCUGGGAAAGAAGUGCCACAACCUUCAACAAUAUUAAAUCCUAUAAAUUUAAAACUAGAACACCAAAUUUCCGGUUCGAUAUCCCAAGAAAAUAAUGCAAAGGAAGAGGAGCAUACUGAUAUAAAAUAUGGAAAAGAUGCGGGCGUAGUUAUUACAGAAAAUGUCAUGAAAAAUAGAAGCGCAGUCGGGAGAUACUCCUCCACAAUGGAUGUAACCCCUUCAGCCACCGAGUUUGGGACUGUGAUUGGGGGCGUGCGUAUACAUGGACAGUCAAAAUUUGAUGUUUUCAAACCAAAUAAUAAGAGCGAAAACUCAGAUCUUCGUUCAAAACUUGCAAAUGGCAAUUUAAACAAAAGACGAUAUAAAAACCACAAGAAACUAUCGGGACAUUUAUAG